CUGAUAUAAUAUAUUUUAUUUAUAUAGAGCUUUAAAGUUUGCUUGAAAGAAAAGGAAGCUUGAACUGAGCUCGUUCCUGAUUGGACAACCACAGUUACGCUCAAUUCGACCAAUCAGAGCGCAGCAGCGUUGCUACAUAUUGUCUGAGUGGAUACUAAGUGGCACUUUCUUUGGUUUAAUCUCGAAGAAUACAACUAUUUGAACAUGUCUGGACGUGGUAAGGGCGCCGGCAAAGCCAGAGCUAAGGCCAAGACCCGCUCCUCUCGGGCCGGGCUCCAGUUCCCGGUCGGUCGUGUCCACAGGCUGCUGAGAAAGGGAAACUACGCUCAGCGUGUCGGUGCCGGAGCUCCGGUCUACCUGGCGGCUGUGCUGGAGUACCUGACCGCUGAGAUCCUGGAGCUGGCUGGAAACGCUGCCCGCGACAACAAGAAGACCCGGAUCAUCCCCCGUCACCUGCAGCUUGCUGUCCGCAACGACGAGGAGCUCAACAAGCUGCUUGGUGGAGUCACCAUCGCUCAGGGCGGCGUGCUGCCCAACAUCCAGGCUGUUCUGCUGCCCAAGAAGACCGAGAAGGCCGCCAAGAAGUAAAGCUGGACUCUCUCUGACUAAAACACCACAAAGGCUCUUUUAAGAGCCAACCACUAUUUCCGAGAGAGCCGAUUUCUUUAGAGUGGAAAAAAAAAAAAAAAAAAAUACAUUAUUACGACAUACAGGCUGUUUUGCCUCGGUAACAAU